GAAGGCCAGAAGAUUCGACCUCGAGAAAACAAAGCAAAUGUGGACCGAUAUGCUCAGCUGGAGGAAGGAAUUCGGUACCGAUACAAUUCUAGAGGACUUUGAUUUCAAGGAGAGAGAGGAGGUCUUGAAAUAUUAUCCCCAAGGGUACCAUGGAGUAGAUAUGGACGGACGACCAGUGUAUAUAGAGAGAAUAGGCCUAGUCGAUGCAACCAAGCUCCUGCAAGUCACCACCAUGGAUCGCUAUCUGAAAUACCAUGUGAGGGAGUUUGAGAAGACCUUCCAAUUUAAAUUUCCAUCUUGCACUAUUGCUGCCAAGAAGCACAUUGACCAAAGCACAACCAUCUUGGACGUUAAUGGAGUGGGUCUUAAAAGCUUCACCAAAGCUGCUAGGGAGCUCAUUACUCUUCUUCAGAAGGUUGAUGGUGACAAUUACCCUGAGACUUUGAACCGAAUGUUCAUCAUUAAUGCUGGUUCUGGAUUUAGAAUGUUAUGGAACACUGUUAAGUCUUUCCUCGAUCCAAAGACCACAGCCAAGAUCAAUGUUCUUGGUAACAAAUUUCAGAGCAAGUUGCUUGAAAUAAUUGAUGCUAACGAGUUGCCAGACUUUUUGGGAGGUACCUGCACUUGUGCUGAUCACGGAGGCUGCAUGUUCUCCGAUAAGGGCCCAUGGAAGGAUCCAGAGAUUUUGAAGAUGAUUGAAAAUGGUCAACACAAACCCGGGAAGAAAUCUCAGGCUCAAAGCAGUGAAGAGAAAACAACUGUAGAGGAUGAGCCUGCAGUCCCAAAGGCUAGUGAGUCCUUGGAAGCUGAGGUUGUUCCAGAUACAGAAAAGAAACCACCUGUAGAGCCAGCAGCUCCUGUUAAUGGCAAUGUCGAAACGAUCAAAACUGAGGAAGUUGCCCCGGGGGUUGAUAAAACUGUGGAUUUGCCAGUGCAGAAUGAAAAUGCUGCUAUUGUACAGAAAGGUAAUGAAUUGGCUAUUGUUCCAAGGGUAGAAUCUAGGAAAGAAGCUUGCAUGAUUUCUGAUGGGCUUAGCUCUCAUUUUUUCACCGGUGUCAUGACCUUUGUUAUGGGCAUCGGCGCAAUGAUAAAAGUGACACGAAACAUGCCCAGGAAACCCACUGAUAAAAACAGCUACAAGAGUCAAGUUGAGUGUGUAGGCAUAGAGGCUAAUAGCCAGCACCCUUCAUCCCAGGUGCCCCCACCAGGAGCCCUCUCCACUGAAGAAUUGAUGUCGGUCAUGAAACGUAUGGAGGAAUUGGAAGAAAGAUUAAGUGUUAUUAACACGAAACCUACAGCACUGCCCCCUGAUAAGGAGGAAUUGUUGAAUACUGCACUAAUCCGAGCCGAUGCCUUGGAGCAAGAGCUUAUGGCAACCAAGAAGGCUCUAGAAGACUCGUCUGCUCAACAACAGGAACUCGCAGCAUACCUGGACAAAAAGAAGAGAAAGAAGAAGAAAACCUUGGUAAGCUAA